GAGAAAGAGACAGGGGAUAACUCUAGUAAACCGCCAAAGUUCUUUUCACAGUUGCAGAAGCGGUUACAUCCUUUCAUCUUCCACUCUGCACGUUGCAAAUUUUCAAUCAUCUCUUUUCUCCGCUAACAUUUUUUUGCAUCGUUUCAUGAAACGCUACAAAUCAUAGACUUAUUUAGUCACAGUGUUUCAUAUAAAAAGGCUAUAAAAAGGUUCGAUCUUUGACCCGUUUCAGCACUUGCAAAACAGGGCAUCAUAAAUUCAUACUUUUUUUCUCAUAAGGGUAAGAGAAAGAAAGAACUAUCUCAUUGUCAUCUUCUUUGGAAUCAUCCCAAGAGAAACAAAGAAGGGUCCCAAAGAAAUGGAACAGAGCAGCAAUCUGAAAAGAAAACGGGAAGAAGAAGCAGAAGAAGACCAAGAUUUAUCUUCUUCCUUGUGUGAAUCUUCCGACCUUGUAGAGUCAGGGGAUGAUUCUGAAGCACAGUCCAAGGAAUCCCGUUUAAGAGAUGUUCAUAUGGACCAUAAGCUUGUGUUUGCUACGAUUGAAGGGGAGUCGAGAGAGUUGAAGUUCAAGGAAUGUGAUGUUUACUCUGCAUUGUAUGAACCCAUGUCCAAGCCUAAGGUAACAAAUCUUGAUUUUCCGGUGUCUGGAAAAGGGCAUAAAGCAAUUUCCAUUGUGGGUUCUUGUAAUGGUCUGAUUUGUGUUGUUGUUGACUAUAAAGAUGUCUUUCUGUGGAACCCAUGUACUAAAAGGUCAAACAAAUUGCCUAGUUCUGGUAUGAAAGUAGAAGACCCUGAAUUGAUUGUUCAUAGUAAUAUUAUGUCUUAUGGUUUUGGAUAUGAUGAGGCCAGCAAUGAUUAUAAAGUUGUCGUAAUUUCUAGUGAUUUGUUUGGUAACGGGAAGUUCAAGUCUCUGGCUACGAUAUUUAGCCUAAAGACUAAUUCUUGGAAGAAAGUGGAUCAUUUCAAUGAGUGCAUUCGUGAUGAAAGUUGUCCUUUUGUCAAUGGGAAGUUACAUUGGACUGCAACCCGUGGUGAGAAAGAGCCAGGAAAAUCUGAUGCCGGGCUGAAAAUCGUAACGCUUGAUUUGGCAAAUGAACUGUGGGGAAAGAUAGAACUGCCUGAUUUCGGAGGAAAAGGCGUUUUUAACUGGAGUUUAGGGAAGUUGAAAGGGUGCCUUUCCUUGUCGGCUCUUCGUCGAGGAGGAGAGGUGGAUGUUUGGGUGAUGAAGGAAUAUGGGGUGAAAGAAUCUUGGACUAAAAUGGCAAUCCUCCCUCACAAUCUUCUUCCUAGUGAUGGUGGAGGUCCUUUCAUGAAACCUCUUUUCGGGUGCAAGGAAGGCCUGUAUUUGGUUGUGUAUCAUGCACAUAAGAGAAGGGGAAAGGAAACUAUGGCUCUCUGUAAGCCAGAUGAGGAAGAUUUGAGGACGGGGCUUUUGGUCAAUCAUUUUGUAGGUUUGCACACUGUGGGGAUGUACGUUAAGAGCCUGGUUUCGCCCAACGUUCGUCUUUAGGAGUGAAAAUGAGAAGGCCAUGAAGUUAGGACAUUUGAAGAAGAAGAUGGAAAUGGAGGGCGCGGGUGAAAUGAAAUUACCAUCCAUUUUAAGAGUCUUCUUUUGCUAUUUUGCCUGUGGAAUGGCUGUAAAUUGUUCCUUCUGUUAUUAUCAGCAUUAUUAGGGAAUUUCUAAAGUAUUUUGUCGAGAAUAUGCAUGCUUUGAUAGUUGUAGGUUCUUAAGAUAUUAUAACUGUAUUGAAUAGCUCUGAUAUUGCAAAGUCAUAGCUUUGCGUAGCUUUGAUUUUGCAAAAUCAUUGUCUG